UCAUAAACUAGCAUUUUAAAUAAUUUGACAUUGUUGUGAUUAUUAAUUAAUAAUAAUGAAAAUAUUAUUACGUUCGGGUAUUGCGAGAGCUUUCGGAGUCAGAAAUAUAAGCUCUAAUCCCAAAUUUGGUUUAAUAUUCGACAUAGAUGGUGUUAUAGUAAGAGGAAAAAAUGUAUUACCACCAGUUGCGGAAGCGUUUAAAAAACUUAGAGGAGAUGAUAAUAAAUUUCGUGUACCAACUGUAUUUGUAACGAAUAGUGGAAAUUCAUUGCGCAGUCAAAAAGCAGCCGAUUUGUCCAAAUGGAUUGGAUUUGAAAUAUCAGAGUCACAAGUUAUCUUAGCGCAUUCUCCAUUGCAAAUGUUUCACAAGCUUCACGACAAGCAAGUUUUAAUAUCGGGACAAGGACCGGUCAGAGAAAUAGCCAAAGAGUUGGGUUUUAAGAAGACUACUACGAUUGAUGAAUUAGUUCAAAAUUUUCCAAGUUUGGAUUACAUCAAUGUAUUGAAAAGAAAUCCGCAGAGCGGACCCAUAGAUCCUAAUUUUCCAAGAAUAGAAGGUAUCGUGUUAUUCAGUGAACCAACAUCUUGGGAAACUCCAUUACAAUUAAUAGUGGAUCUUUUAAUGACCAAUGGAAUGCCCAGUAAACUGCCAACAGACAUUCCAUAUCCACACAUUCCAGUAUUGGCAUGUAAUAUGGAUUUAUUGUGGGUAUCUGAAGCACCAAUUCCUAGGUACGGCCAUGGUGCUUUUCUAUUGUGUCUCGAACAACUGUACAAAAAAGUAACGGGAAAAGAAUUAUUGUAUACUGCAUUAGUUGGUAAACCUAAUGAAAUAACAUAUUAUCAUGCGAGCAAUAUGUUGUUGGAACAUGCUAAAAGCAUUGGAAUAGAACACAAUGUUGAUACUAUUUAUGCUAUUGGAGAUAACAUUAAUACAGAUAUAUUUGGUGCAAAUCUUUACGACAAGUAUUUGUCACGUUACGAAGCUGGCGGUGGCACUAAAUCUCGUAGUUUAGAAAAAUUGUUAGGUAAAAAUAUGAAAGGGCCUAGUGCAAAAGCGUGUAUCAGUAUUUUAGUUGAAACUGGUGUACAUCAACGAAAUUCUCAAUUUAUAAGUGAACACAGUCCUAGAGAUUUUUUACCUAUAGAUGAUGGUCUAUGUAAACCAGCUUUCAUUGUUGAUCACGUUGGUAAUGCGAUUGAUUUGGUAUUUAAAGAAGAAAAAUUCAAUUGAAAGAUCUGAUGAUACUGAAUCGAUACAGAAUGUAUUGGUGAUCUAAGUAAAACAUUAGUUAAUAAUUAGAUAAUA